CUUGCAUAUUAUUGACAUCCGAGGUGCCUUGACAGGCCACGCCACACACCUGUAGGCUGCCCAGCCUUGCCCGGCGUCUGCAGCAUACCUGCGUGGAAAUUUCAAAUCCAGCAUACCUGACUUCUGGCCACUUAUUAGCAAGCAAAUAUUGUACUUCCAUCUCGGCUUAUAGACCGGAACCGACCAUGUCUCACACACUGCCAGAGCAGUCGGGUGAACUUAAUCCUGAAAUGCCUCCUCCAGCAUAUUCUGCCCAUCCAGAUAACUCGGGACUCUUAGGCCAAGUGCAACGACCAGGCUCUCCUCAUGAACGAAUACCCGGAGCUUACCCUCACCGCGUCUCAUCAUUUUUUGGCGCAAAUACUACUACACCCUCGUUUACACCACCACCACCACCACAUUUUGGGCCCACUCCUUUGUUACACUCUGACCCUACCAUAGGGCUGCUGCCAUAUUAUGACCCGCGCUCUCCGUACGCCAUUGCAGAAGCGGCGUCGCGCGCACGAUGGCGUUUCAUCUGUGCUUCUCUGUGGGCGAUCGGUAUCGUCAUGUGGUUGGUCGCAGCUGUAAGUGUGUCCCCAUCUUAAUUAUUGUCUGCUAAGUCGCGGGAAAUCCAGCUUUUCCAUGUGAAUAAUAUAUGAAGCUUAUCUUGGCCGGCACGCAUAUGUUUUUUCCAUGUAUGACUCGUGGUUUUGUCCAUGUUUUACUGUCUUCUUUAUACAAAGGCUGAUCAUCAUCUUCGUUGUUUGUAGAUGCUCCAUGUAAACAUAAUAUAUCUUGUACAAUACCCAUGGCAUUUUUACCGCAUACUAUCUAAUAUAUUUCUUCUCUUUGGCGACGUUU